CGUUUAUGUCAAACGGAAGGAAGCCUCAAAGUUUGAAAAUUUUGAAUUCUCAGGUGGCGGGCUUUUGCUACAGAGUUCUCUCUUCCGUCUCCGAGAGAUGACCUCUCCAAUAUGCCAAACCCUAGAUGACAACGACCUCGACGACGAAGCUCUGUGGGCCGUAAUUGACUCUGCUGCCGCCUUGUCGUCUCUCCCCUCCGCCUCCAAACCUCAAAACAAUAAUAGUAGUCGCUUUCAUUCUCCCAAAAUCACAUUUCCGAUCAUCUCGAAAUUCACCUCUCCAUCCCCGUCAUCCAGCAACACAAAACCUAGAUGUCACUCAAUGACCGACGGAGAGGUAUUGCAAGUGGAGAGUUCCAUCGACCGACCCCCGAAGAAUAAGAUCGCCAGGUUUUCUCUCUGUGAAACAACUUCUCCUCCCGCUCCUCUUGUUAUGAUGAAGCACGUGCAGCGCACGCCUCCCACGCCAUCCACGUAUUGUUCGGAGUCUCAGAUUCAAAGUCCUGCAGAUCGUUCCUCCGAUUGCUCGGUGAUGACACAUAGCUUGUCUGGUCGAUUUCCUACGGUUGCUCUCUUCAAAGAAUAUCAGAAUGCUGCUAUGGCGAUUUUAGAGAAGGGCGACUAUACUAUGAUCUCUGGGAACCCUUUCAUCAAAAAAUCUGGGUGGAGAAAGAUAUCAUUUUAUUUCAAUAUAUCAUAUGAAAUUAAAGAAAAGAGUAUAGAAUUUGAUGAUAAUCAUAAUGUGCAGCGUGCUGAGUUCAUAGUUCGGGCACACAUGCAAGGGGGUAGGUUCUCUGAUGGAUGGGGAUCAUGUGAAAGACGUGAGAAGAAAUUUAUGAAACCAAAUCAUGAUGUUCCAAGCACUGCUGAAACCAGGGCAAAAAAUAAAGCAUGCCAGGACCUGCUAGGUAUUGGAGAGUAUCGUCCUGGUGUUAAUAGUCAAAGAUAAAAAAGAAAAAAAA